UUUAGUGUUUGUUGUUGCAGUCUCUACCAGCAAUAUAAUUAAUUUCCUCUAUCGUAAAGUGUAAUUCACUCGCCACCUUCAAACUACAAUCUCCUCUUCUCCUCCUCACUUCAUCUUCCUUCUCUCGUUUCCCUAAUUCUAAAAUCUUCCCUCUCUUCUCCUCGAUGAAGGACGCUGGCGUAGCGCUGGAACCAGUGUGCCUUUCACGCUCAAAUUCCUUGUUGCUGCCUAACUGUUCGAUUGUUUGCUUUGAAUUGUCUUCGACUUGGGGGACAAAUGCCAAAGCAAUAUUGGAGUGGAACAGCAAUUAGCAGAAACAAGGGAAUGAUUGAGCAGUUGCUGAGAUAUGGAGUGAUCAGAUCUGAGAAAGUAGUGGAAGUAAUGAAAACUAUCGACAGGGCUUUAUUUGUACCUGAGGGAACCCCUGCUUAUGUUGAUAGCCCCGCGAGUAUAGGUUACAAUGCCACUAUUUCAGCACCUCAUAUGCAUACUAUGUGUCUUCAAUUAUUGGAGGACAAGUUGCAGCCUGGCAUGCAUGCUCUUGAUGUCGGUUCAGGAACUGGUUAUCUCACAGCAUGUUUUGCACUAAUGGUUGGACCAAAAGGUCGAGCUGUUGGUGUUGAACAUAUCCCGGAGUUAGUUGCAUGGUCAAUGAAGAAUGUCGAACAAAGUGCAGCAGCUCCCUUGCUCAAAGACGGGUCCCUCUCACUGCAUGUUCGUGAUGGGAGGAAGGGUUGGCCAGAGCAUGCACCCUACGAUGCCAUUCACGUAGGAGCAGCGGCAGGAGAUAUUCCACAAGAUCUCAUAGAUCAGUUGAAGCCUGGAGGAAGGAUGGUGAUUCCAGUAGGAACUUGUUUUCAAGACCUACAGGUUAUAGACAAGAAUUCAGAUGGUUCGAUAAGCAGUCGAAGUGAGACUUGUGUCCGUUAUGUUCCUCUCACUAGUCGGGAUUCACAGUUAGAGGGCCUGUAAAUUAAGCUGUUCGUGUGAUGGUAAUAGUCCUAGUUUAAUUUACUAUGUAUAACUAGAUCUUCUUUUUUCUGCUUUCUUUUGUACAGCUAGCUCUGCGAACGCUUGGACUGAUGAAUCAAUGUAUGAAAUGGUGCUGUUUUAGUUUCUAUUUA